UCAUCCAUCCUCUUUCGCUUCCGCCUGUCCCCUCACCAGAUCACCCGCUACUCUGCUAGUGGUGGGUACUACCUGUCUGUCUGUCUUACCUCUUGGGGAAACGAGCCGGAGAUCAACAGCUCCGUCCAUCGUCGGCUCGUCGCCGCAUCGAGAUCGACCGCCCGCUCCAGCUCACCUCAUCUUCUCCUCGUUCAUGGUUAUCUGCUGCGCUGCGCCGUGCGUUCAAAUUCAGAGAGAACCUAGCUAGCUUAGCUACCCGACAGAGCGUGCAGGACGACAGAGGCGUCGCCAUGGCUCGAUCUGGCGCACGGUGACUAGCAGCUGAGCCAGGCAGAAGGCAUGGUUGUGGCCUGGGGCUGCUGUUUCUUGCUCGCGGCCUGCGCGCGCGCGCUCCGGCGGCUGCUCCAGCUCCCCGCGCUCCUCUGCUGCGAGGCUAUGGUGUGGGCGCUGAGCUUCCUCGCCUUCCCGCUCCGGAUGCUCACCGCCGUCGACAGAGAAAGAAAGUUGGGCGGGCUGAUUGGGGAGAUGCAGGCCCAGAUGGAUGACUUGGUGUGGGUUAACAGGGAGCUGGAGGAGAAGCUGCAGGCGGCGCUCAGGGAGCAGGAGGCCAUGGACGCGCUUCUUGACGAGAUGGAGGACGAGAACGAGGACGCCUUUGCCAGGAUCCAUGCCCUCGAGACCCAGCUCAAGGCGCUGAGGCAGGAGAACAUGCGGCUGAACGAGCACAAGGGGAAGUCCAUGUGGGACAAGCCGCCGCCAGCGGCGGCUCGUCAUGGCAGCAACAAGGCAUCGGAGCCUGAGAAGAAACCGACGAGGAUCCCGCGGGGAGAGGAAGAAGCUGUGGCGACGACACAGGACGCCGCCGCCUCCUUGAAAGUGAAAUCCGCCGACCCCGCGUCGGUCCUGGCUCUGACGACCGCACCGGCCGCGGGCGACGAGCAGCAGGCGGCUAAAGUGGCCGCGUGUCGCCGGAGCCUGUUCAGCCUGGGCAUGUCGCUGGCGGUGGGCGCGGUGGCGUGGUCGGCGGACGCGCCGUGCCUGCCGCUGCUGGCGGGGCUCUUCGCCGUGGUGGGCGUGUCCAUGCGUACCGUGUCGCGGUGCUGCGCCGCGCUGCGCAGGGGCGGGCCCGCCGCCGACGCCGUGGCGCUGCUGAGCCUCAACUGGUUCCUCCUCGGCGCACUCACCUCGCCCAUGCUGCCCGGCGUCGCGCACGCCGUCGGCCCGCGCGCCGGCCGCGUCCUCGGCCCCGCGCUCACGUGGCUCGCCGCGGCGGCGCCCGCCUGACGGCGACCCAAGCAGGCAGAGCGGCAGCAGCAUGCCGUGCCAUGACGCCCGUUCUAUUGUUGUUGAGAUACUGGUUUCUGUACGCUGUGCCUGUAACGUGCUACACGUAUACAACAGUGUGGUUUAUCCGAGUUACCUCGCCGUUUUUACUCAUCGGCACCAUGAACACGAAGCUAGCUGAAACGGAAAGCCAUUCAAAUUCAGGAGA